GGUGCACUGUGUCCCUCGGACACAGCGGAUCACCAAUCAUGGAAAGAGCCGAAGAUGUCGGCUCGGUCAUGUGAUCAGCUGUGUCCAAUCACAGCUGAUCACAUGGGACAUGUACACUGAUCAUCAGGGCACUGAUGAUCAGUGUGCCCUGAUGAUCAGUGUAGCCUCAGCAGUGCCAACUGUCAGUGUCCAUCAGUGCAUUAUGUCAGUGCUCAUCAGUGCCUCGUGCUAGUGCCCAUCAGUGCCACAUAUCAGUGCCUACCAGUGCACAUCAAUGCCACAUAUCAGUGCCCAUCUGAGCUGCCUUCCAGUGUCACCCAUCAGUGCCAGUCAAUGCCACCUAUCAAUGUCAAUCAGUGACACCUACCAGUGCUGCCAAUCAGUGCAACCUAUCCAUGCCAGUCAGUGCUGCCUAUCAGUGCGCAUCAGUGCCGCCUAUCAGUGCCUGUCAGUGCUGCCUAACAGUGCC